AUGGCAGAACAACCUCUUUUAGGGGAUGAUUUACUAUCAGAUCAAAGCAACCUCCACUUGCGUCGAUACUCACAAUCCCAUGUCAUCUCUGCCUCUUCAGCAAAAGACAGUUUAACAGUUCCCUACACUCGUGGGCGUUCAUUUUCGACAUCUGUUGUUCCAGGUUCCUCUCUGGCAGCUCAGAUCUUGGCCACUGUCAACAAUAAAUUGAAAACAAAGGACGAAUAUGACGACCCCUCGUUUUUGGAGUACAUGGAUGGCCAAAUCCAUGAGACAUGGGAUACAGCAAAGGCCUUGAUGCUCGGUUCAAAGCGUCUGCUUUUGAUUGAAGAGUUGCCCAAGGAUCGACAAGAAAAUCAGUAUGUCUUGUCUGGCUAUCGUUUCUAUCGCAAUAGUAAGGAUUGCCUGCGAUCUUUAUUCACAUUGCACAAUGAAACCAUGAACAUCUGGAGCCAUCUACUUGGUUUCUUUUUCUUUUUGUAUCUUUCGGUCAAUGUAUUCCAGAGAAAGUUUCCUAAUGCUUCUACUCAAGACUUGGUCAUGUUCACAGCCUUUUGCUUAGCUUCAUUGACAUGUCUUUUGUGCUCAUCGAUUUACCAUACUUUUGUUUGCCACUCGGCCCAUCACAUCAAGAGUUUUACAGCGACAUUGGAUUACAUCGGCAUCACAUUUCUAAUCACUGCUUCUAUCUCAAUGGUUGUGCACUUUGGUUUCUACUGCGAUCCCAUUCCUCGAUCACGCUACAUGUUGUUUAGUUGCUUGAUUGGACUUAUUGGUGUCAUCUUACCCUUCUUUCGCUUUUUCGACACUAAAAGAUACAGACCCCUCCGUAUCGGGCUUUUCGUUGCCAUGGCAUUUUCCAGCGUUGUCCCUCUACUGCAUUUAACUACAGUCAAGGGUACCACUGCAACAGGAGCCUUCCUCAAGCCCGCUUUACUUGGUGCUCUCAUGUACAUUUGUGGUGUCAUUGUCUAUGGUAAACGUUUCCCUGAAAAGUUUUUUCCCGGUAGAUUUGAUGCUGCAGGUAUGACAAGUCAUGCCAUCUGGCAUGUAUUUGUUUGUUUAGGAAUCUUUUUCCAUUACAUCGGUUCUUUCCAUUUCUACAAUUUGCGUGAAGAAUAUGGUUGCAUGCUCAAUUAA